AAUUAAGUUUGCAGGUUCACUCUCCUCCUCCUCCACUGUUGGUCCUGAUGUGUGGUGGGGGUUUCACAGACCAGUAACCAGGACUGGACAGUCAGUCAGUGGGAGCUAAAUUUGGGAGAGAGGUGAUCAGGUUCCCUCUCUGUGUGCACAUGAUACCGUCCUAGUUACUUGAACGAUGUCCCGUCUCACAUUGUCACACUCUCUCAUCGAGUCGAGACUCACUCCGCAAUCCUCCUCUUCGGCGGUCUGAACAGUAUUUAGCCACAUUAUCUGAAGUAAAGGACGUAUUUACAACUGGCUCCUUUGGUUGAAUUUUAGUGCCUCUUGACUGGACUGAAUAUUUGGGCCUGGUGCUGUGGAUCUCCAGCCCUGUCUGUUGCUUCUUCUCUGUCUCUCGACAUCCCUGCUACAGCUCCUGGCAGGAGGAAGAGGCUGCUGACCCGCCAUGUUUCUCGCACUAGUGGUGACGCCAGAGCUGAGGGAGUUGCUGGCGAGAGCAAGAGGUGGAGCAGUGCGCCUCAUCAAAGUGUGCAUCCGAGACGAGCAGCUGGUGCUAGGGGCCUACAAAAAGCCGGAAAAGAGCUGGGACCAGGAUUAUGAUCGCUUCCUGCUUCCUCUCCUGGACGACCAGGAGCCCUGCUACAUCCUGUACCGCCUCGAUUCCCAGAAUGCACAGGGCUUCGAGUGGGUCUUCAUUUCAUGGUCUCCUGACCAGUCUCCAGUGAAACAGAAGAUGGUGUACGCUGCCACCCGUGCCACCGUGAAGAAAGAGUUUGGUGGUGGCCAUGUGAAGUAUGAGAUGUUUGGCACAGCUGAGGAGGACAUCUGUUUGCUCGGCUACCAGCGUCAUGUGUCAUCCUGCUCAGGUCCUGCCCCGCUCACGUUAGCUGAGCAGGAGCUCCAGAGGAUCAAAAUCACCGAGGGCAGGGUUAAACAGGUGAAGACAGAGGUCAGCGUGGAGAGUAAGCACCAGACGCUUCAGGGCCUCGCUUUCCCUCUGCAGGAGACAGCCAAGCGAGCCCUUGAGCAACUUGCCCAAAAUCGCAUUAACUACAUACAACUGAGGUUGGAUGUAGAGAAGGAGAUAAUCGAGCUGGUCCACUCCAACCCGACAGAAACCCGAGAUUUGCCCCGCAGAGUUCCCAAAGACACUCCCAGAUACCACUUCUUCCUUUACAAACACUCCCACGAAGGAGACUACCUGGAAUCUGUGGUGUUCAUAUACUCCAUGCCAGGGUACAGCUGCAGCAUCAAGGAACGAAUGCUAUACUCCAGCUGCAAGAGUCGACUCCUGGACGAGGUGGAGAAAGAUUACCACUUGGAAAUUGCUAAAAAGUUGGAGAUUGACAACGGAGAUGAACUGACUGAGCAGUUCCUGUACGACGAGGUCCAUCCCAAGCAGCAUAUCCACAAACAGGCCUUCGCUAAGCCCCGCGGCCCUGCGGGAAAAAGGGGACACAAGCGCCUCAUCAGGGGGACGGGAGAGACCAUGCAGAACAGCUAGAGGUGGACAAAAAUUCUCCUGUAGUCAUGCCUGCAGUUCCAGCUGUCCCCAUUUCCCCAGACCCACUAACGCCUCGUCAGGCCCAGAGGAGUGAGCACGUGGAUGGAUCUCCUCCGUUUGUGUACUGAAACACUUGUGAUUUAUAACAAAUAUGUUUUUGAUGGAAAAGUGCUGAAAAACUAUCUGUCUCUCUUUGUGUUUCUGUUUCUCUCAGUUAUUGACAAUGUUCCUCAGACAAAUAAUGCAAAUAAAUAAUAAUAAACAAUAUAAAUCACAUAUCUAAGAAAACAUUACAAGCCUAACAACCAAAAAUAAAAAUAAAAAUCACUCGUGUUUAUCAAUGACUUCCUCCAUUUGGAAAAGAGUCAGGCUGAAAGGCAGACAGAUGGUCCUGUUAUUAUGAUGCUCAUCUGUCUGGAUUUCCAUGGUUAUUAAAAACAGAUCCGCAGUUUACAAUAUAAAAGGCUUGUACUGAAUUGUAACUGCAUAGUCAGGUAUUUCAGUCCUCAUGGAUAGCUUCCCAUACAAAGUUUUGUAUCAGCAAUGUUUGUAAGAAAAAAUACAAUGUGAAAGGAAAUUCUAAAUAAAAUCUUGUUUAUA